UUGAAGCUUGACACAACCAUGCAGUUUCUCUCCAAUAACACUAGAUCGAACGUUGCUCAUACCAUCUCCAUGUAUGAACCCUGGAAACCAUCUCCAUCAUCAGUUAACGACCCACCACCACCAUCGUCUUUUGUUUCUCUCCACACUUAAGAAUCCCUAUAUCCAACCUUCCACCUCCUAAACAUGGUACCUCUAUUUAUUUUCCUAGUCUCAGUCACUUAUUUCAACCUCUUCGUUUUUUUGUUGGGAACCAAGAAUGGUUGGGAUCUUGGGAAAAAUGGUGGCUAUAAAGAGGAAACUUGACUUCAAAAGAUGAAAUCAGCCAAAUUGAGGCACCAAUCUAUUUCACAGACUGUUGUUUUUGUUGUUGUAGUGUUUUUGAGCUUUAUUGACCUUUAUUCUAUGUGAAUCUCUUUUUCCAGGAGAUGAAGCUGGAAAAUAUACCACGAGGUCAUGUUUCAUAGUUGGAGUUGUCCAUGUAGCAGCAUCACUCAUCGAGUCUUCCAACUUCUUGCCUAUAUUGUCCCGGUCUUCCUUGUCAAGCUUUUCUUGGAUUCUAGCCUUUUGCAAUCACCAUCUUUCCCCUUAACACAAUCACCGGACAACAUCUCUGGUGUAUUUGAAAUGGUUUAUGCGACAUCCGAUGGUGGAUUUCUGGGUUCAAUUGCGAUUGUCAACGUAGUGCUUGACGGCAUGAAUGUUUUGAUCGGAAAAAGUGGCAGGUUUUGCUCAGAACAGGUAGGGCCAUCAAAUGAUCGAUUUUCCAGCGAGAUGCCUAUACUUUUUGCCAUAGGUGAUGUAGCUACACCGGAGGUAAAAGGGGUUUUAGAGGAUAGAGUUUUAUUUGGCAUCUUUACACAGAUGGAGAUGGCCGAUGAGUUGAAGGGAGAACCGAGAGAUGUGGGAGAGAUAGCCGGAGGUGGGCAUGGUAGAAAACCGGGAGCAUCGAUAACAUAA